ACGACAGAACGCAGUAAUCGUUCUUCAUCGUCGGGCUUUCUGACAGACUUUCGUUUAUGCCGGACAAUAUUUAAUGAAACCGCGUAUCUUAGUGCGAUGUCACAGGUGUUGAACGGGGAAGUUAAAAGAAACAUUAGGAUUGGCGGAUGUUUUAUCUUGUUAUUUUAAAUCUUCAACCUUUAGUUAACCACAUGAUUAUGUACUUGGAAGCGGACUUGCGUUCGAUUCGGAUUUGACUCAAGAGAGACUAUCCAGCCCUCUUGUCUUGACAAGACGCUUCAAAAGACAUUGUAUCUAUCCAAGUGAAUGCUUACUCGACUGGGUUAAAGCAUCUGUCGAACGGAUUUUCACUACAACAUGACGAAACAUGCUAUUAUGUGCAGUUUGGUUCUCAUGCUGAUCAUUUUGACCCACGCUCGUUCAAGACGUCCUUGUCCGGGAUCAGAGAUCUGUGAAUGUUUAUCAAAGAACAAAACAACAAGCGUCUUUUGUAAUGGAGACAAUAUUCGUCAUACCAUUUAUUUCGAACAACUACCCGAUGAUGUCGAUAAACUUCAUUUGGAAGGAUUUCUAUUCACUAAUCUUUCUUCUAGCAAUUUUCCGCCCCUUAUGCAUAUCAAACAGGUGCAUUUUAAAGACAAUGAAAUAGUUUACACUCACCCAGAUUUGUUUGAGAACUGGAGUGAUUUAGAAGAACUGUCUUUCUCGGACAACGAGGUACAAAAUACGACGGAACUCUUCAUUGCCAUUGCGGUAGUCCUGAGGCAAGGCACACAGAACUUACAAAUUGCACUUCAGGGAAUGAGGGUUGCACAACUUCAAGACCCGGAAUUUAUCAGUGGAAACUUUUCUAAAAUAAUCGCACUAAAAUUUAGUCGAAACUAAUUCACUACUUUAAACUUUUCAAGACUUCACGUGUUUUCUGAACUGGAAAUGCUAAAAGUUUCCGAAAACUUUAUCCGAAGGUUUGAUAAUUUUACUGUUUUUCCAGCCCUCCGUCAUCUUGACCUUAGCCAAAAUAGAUUGGAUAAUCCGGGAUUAUGUUCGGACGGAGAGGAUUAUUUCCCAAAUCUGACGGACUUAAAACUUAGUAGAAACUAUAUUAGAAGUUUUAACUCUACCUGGCUUUAUUGUUUAAAACAAUUGAGCACACUUGACCUGAGUUAUAACAACCUUCAAUCGUUCAAUGUCUCAGACAUAGAAACGUUAGGUUCAUUGACUGAUUUGAAUAUGCGAGGCAACUGGUUGACAAUUCAAAACUUUUCAAUUGAUCCGUUUGGACGAUACCCAAGCAAGAUUCGGACAAUUGAUUUAAGUCGAAACGAGUUCGUUCCUUUUCCACCAAUUAUGUGUCCAAACGCAAGCAGGGAGAAUUUCACAUCGGUAAAAGUUAUAGAUCUCAGCUACAACCAUAUUAUCACCCUGAAAAAUAACCAGUUGUUUUGCUUCCCAAAUCUUUAUGAACUCAGGCUGAGUAAAAACUCUAUCAGCACAAUAUCUAACGACAGUUUUGCAGCGUUCAGUAACUUGCGGUAUCUUCACAUUGAUUCGCAGUUGCGCGGAAUCCAGGUGUUUGAACCGCCUGCUUUAAAACUUGCUCGACUGAAAAAAAUCGACAUCAAAGGUAAUUUCUUGACUUUUGACCGCAGUGACCUGCGGGAAUUGUUUCAUUGUUGCCCGAACCUCACACUGUUGAACAUUUCGGAUAACUACAUAGGGACGAUCAAUGAAACAUUGCUUGCAAGAAUACUUGAACCUUUGACACAAUUAAAACGUCUUGUGAUGAAGCGUUUCGGCCUGAGGAACUUCCCAAUCGACGUCGUUAAGAAACUGAAGCAUCUCGAAGUCCUGAUUAUUGAUAAAAACGCGCUUUCGUCAUUACAGACAAUCUCCUAUCAUAAUUUCACAACAAAGAUCAAAUACAUAUCAGCUUCUUCAAAUAAAAUAACAUUCAAAAGCAAAGAUAUACUGCCCUCAACAAUCAUGAAAUCUCUAAAAUCAUUAGAUAUUUCAAGCAACCUGUUCGACUGCGGUUGUAACGACGUAUCCCGUUGGUUUAGAGACCAGAUAAGCGCCUCUGGUCGAGUACAAAAUGUUCAACUUGUCAACUGGCCUAUUAAAUACUUUUGCAGUACCCCUCCUGAAAUGCAUCUUCGAUUACUUACGAACUAUCACAUGACUGAGAAAGAAUGCAGGCCCCCAAAUCCGUUACUGCCAGGUUAUAUAGCAACAGGAUGUUCAUCUUUUGUGAUAAUCGUUUUAGUCGUUGUUGCAUUCUGGAACAGAUGGUACCUCCAAUACUACUGGUACCGUUUUAAGAAACGCUUUAAGAAGAAUGGCCAAGAAAGAGAUCCCGAGCGCCAGCCGUUUGCCAGGCCACGGCGACCAAGAUUUCUGUAUGACGCAUACGUGAUCAACAGCGAUGCCGAUGGUCCCUUUGUAGAUAAUUUGUUGGUGCCGCUGGUGGAAGACAAGCUAGGUUACACUGUGCACACUUCAAACAAAGAUGGUGCUAUAGGCGGAUCAAAAGCGGACAACUAUUUUGAUGCUAUGGACAUUUCCAAGUCUGUGGUCGUAGUUUUCUCAAACAGUCUAAUGAAGGAUGCCUGGUGUACUUUCCAAGUCGAUAUAGCUCUGAUGAGGAAGAUUGAAUCCAAGGGUAAAAGGAAUAUAUUUGUUGUCGUUAUGAACAAUACGGAGAUGGAACUCGCAAAUAAAUCUUGGUGCGUGCUCUUGACCAAGAAGACAAGUGUUAGAUGGAACGACAAUGAGAACAGCAUACGGCAGCGAUUGUUGAUAGAGGAACUGACGUCUAUACUUGGAAACCCGGCGAAUUUAACCUCACUACAAAAGCCCGACUACUCCGGUUCUUAUUCGAAGGACUCAGAACUAAGUUGUAAGGAAGAUGAAUAGAAUGUGCAGACACUGAAAUUCAUAACUUAUCAAUAGCUUCCCACAACAACAGUUUUUAUUCAGGUCAACUUGUUAAUAAAGUUCGUUUGUUGACUUCAAAUCACGUAAAACAUAGUAUGUCUAUGAUUAAUAAGGGUACUUUUAUGAAGGUUUGUGGGCGUACGGGAUGACAUAUACAUAUUGUAAAAAGCCAUGUCGUUUGUUUUUGUUGUUCUGGAGUAAAAUCGCUGUUAUAUUGAAGAUAUGUGUGUUGCAUGUGUAGUCUACUUACACUUAUAAUUUGACUGCUUGUAUUUUCUUCACGGUUGUUUAAGGCCGCCGUUUAUUGGUAACAUAUAUUUAUUUGCGCUCUUGAUAUGUUAUGUAAAUAUAAAGACAUGUUUAUACGAAUGGCAUAUUUGGUAUUAACAUGGGUAAAUAUAAUGUCUUCACAGGUCUUUAAAACUGUUUAUACAACCGAUAAACUCAAACGAUAGCAUUGAUGCUAAAAUGAUUAUGAUCAUAUGAUUUUUAUUAUUAAAACUGUUAUUAAAAUACGUCACAUGACAUUUUAAACAUAAACAACCAAUUUUUCGCAUAAUCAAAUUAACAAUAUUGACAUAAACAGUAUCACAUUUAUCCCUUUUUAAAAGCUUAAUACAUCUUACGUCAAAUCAGGAAUUUAAAAGAAUUACUUAUUUUGAAAAUAACACAUUUUUAUAUGACUACCAACCUGUAAGGAAUUUAAUAAAUUAUCAAAACAAACUUUCAUAGUUGUCAAUAUUGCAUAAAGAUUUUAAUGUUUAUACAAUUUUUUUCAUUUCAUUUUAAGAAUGUUCGUGUAUUCGUGUUUUUGUCAUGAAACAUAUUGUUGUUUAAAAUCUGUGGGAUAUUGCAAAUGACAGGUCAAUCAUUUUUUCUAAACAUAUUAAAGCUGAAGGUGUUUUGUAUAUUGAAAAAUAGGAACACAUGCAUAUAACUUUUAUAGACCUCCAAAUAAUGGUAAGAACCUGAUAUUUUCAAUAGGUAAGUAAUAUUGUUAUGUAUAUAUUGCCUGUAAUAAAAGUUCAUGAGUACACCUUGGUCAUAUAAAAGGCUCCUGCAUGUGGUAACAAAUAUGGUCGAUUUUGCAUCGGUGACAGCUGUCAGUGAACCAUUCAUAUGUGCAUGUAUAAUUGUUAGUAAAUAGUGAGUCGUAUUUGUCUGCAAGUAGUCAGUCGCAUUUGUCUGCAAGUAGUCAGUCGCAUUUGUCUGCAAGUAGUCAGUCGAAUUUGUCUGAAAGUAGUCAAUCGCAUUUGUCUGCAAGUAGUCAGUCUCAUUUGUCUGCAAGUAGUCAGUCGCAUUUGUCUGAAAGUAGUCAAUCGCAUUAGUCUGCAAGUAGUCAGUCGCGUUUGUCUGCAAGUAGUCAGUCGCAUUUGUCUGCAAGUAGUCUGUCGUAUUUGUCCGUAAGAAGUCAGUCGCAUUUGUCAGCAAGUAGUUAGUCGCAUUUGUCUGCAAGUAGUCAGUCGCAUUUGUCUGCAAGUAGUCAGUCGCAUUUGUCUGCAAGUAGUCAGUCGCAUUUGUUUGAAAGUAGUCAGUCGCAUUUGUUUGAAAGUAGUCAGUCGCAUUUGUCUGCAAGUAGUCAGUCGCAUUUGUCUGCAAGUAGUCAGUCGCAUUUGUCUGCAAGUAGUCUGUCGCAUUUGUCUGAAAGUAGUCAGUCGCAUUUGUCUGCAAGUAGUCAGUCGCAUUUGACUGAAAGUAGUCUGUCGCAUUUGUUUGAAAGUAGUCAGUCGCAUUUGUCUGCAAGUAGUCAGUCGCAUUUGUCUGCAAGAAGCCAGUCGCAUUUGUCUGCAAGUAGUCAGUCGCAUUUGUCUGCAAGUAGUCAGUCGCAUUUGUCUGCAAGUAGUCUGUCGCAUUUGUCUGAAAGUAGUCAGUCGCAUUUGUCUGAAAGUAGUCAAUCGCAUUUGUCUGAAAGUAGUCAAUCGCAUUUUUCUGAAAGUAGUCUGUCGCAUUUGUCUGAAAGUAGUCAGUCGCAUUUGUUUGAAAGUAGUCAAUCGCAUUUUUCUGUUAAUAAUGAGAAGCAUAUGUGCGUAAAUGAUGAUGAUUAAGUCCUAUUUUUCCGUUACUAUUGUAUGUGUAUAUAUAUUUUUUUAAUUUGUGGUCACCGUCAUAAUAAACUGUCAAUGCUUAUUGUAUAUACAUAUUCGCAUCACUCCAUAUUAGGUAUGAACGUUGGAUAUAACAAUUCAUUGUUAUUCACGUAGUCUUUUGUUCAAUGUUCAAGUGUUUCAUGCUUACACAUCAUUGGUAUAUGUACGUGAUAAUAUAUUUCACAUGCCAUUUAGAUAUGUCGUCUUUUUCGUAAACCGUAACGGAAAUCAGUAUCCUCGAAUUUUAAGGAGUCUUUACGUAUAUAAAUUUAUUUGCAAAACAUGUAUAUGGCUUUGAAGGAACAAAACUUUGGAACAUUGAAGCGAGAGGAAAUGGAUACUUUCGUCAUCAAUAGUUUUAUUGAUUUAUAUUCAGUACAUUUAAAGCUUGUAAUAAAAAUAUUUGUUUUAAACCUUCUAGACAAAUUUUCACCAUAAUGCAUUGUGUACACAUUGUCUUGUCAAUGUUCCAAAGUUUUGUUCCUUCAAAGCCAUAUACAUGUUUUGCAAAUAAAUUUAUAUACGUAAAGACUCCUUAAAAUUCGAGGAUACUGAUUUUCGUUACGGUUUACGAAAAAGAAGACAUAUCUCAUAUUGUCUUACUGACAAUAGCGUGUUGACGUCACCAUCUAUGUAUAGAAUGACCAUAAUGAGUUUGAAAACAAAAUUCCUAAUAAAACGCAUAUACUAAAAAUUAACCAAUAAAAUACUAUGAUAUA